AUGGCCCUCCGUGCAAAGAUACCCAGCGGAUACUGGUACUUUUGCACGGUCGUCGACCCGCUUCUGUCGCUUUCUGCUGUCAUUCUCACCUACUUCAAUCCGCCAACCUUCAUGGAUGCCGGCUUUGCGCGAGACUCGCCGUAUGCAAAGAUUACGCCAAGUCACCAAUUCCUGCUGCACCAAUUCGGCGGAGCGUUCGCGGCUUGGAUAUUCCUUAUGCUCACGAUGCUGCGCGAAACCAAUGAUAUGAAAGUCUGGACUAGAUUUCAGAGUGCGCUGGCUAUUACCGAUGUGGCGGUAUUGUUUAGCCACUGGAAGGCACUUGAGGCGCAGGGGCGAUUAGGUUUUGGGAAAUUGAGGUUCGAGGAGAGCAGCAAUGUGCUGUUGCUCCUCGCUAUUUUGCUGAUCAGAAUUGGAUUCGUUGCUGGAUGGGGAUUCCCGAAAGGUGGUGCGGCGCAAAAGAGGGCAUGA